AACAAGAACAAGAUAGAGAUAGAGAGAGCGAGAGAAUGGUGUAGUCCAGUCAAUCAAUCAUGGAGGAAAUUUUGAGGCCAUGAGGAGGUUUUUCUGAACCUUUCUUGUUCAGCGGUCUGUUUGAUUUGGUGUUAAUCUAAGAUGGACUUUUCAGAAUCUACGAAAACCGUAUAUGAUAGGAUCCAAAAGAUAGAACCCGAAAACGUCUCCAAGAUUAUUGGGUAUCUUCUUUUGCAAGAUCAUGGUGAGAGAGAGAUGAUAAGACUAGCCUUUGGCCCUGAUAAGUUAAUACACUCUUUGAUCAGUAAGGCUAAGACCCAUCUCAAAUUACCGUUCAAUACAGCCUCUUGUCGGCCACUUUCCCCUCCUCAGGUCAAUUCCAUCCCCGAAAUGCCCAUACGCUUCACACCAUUCUCUCCUUCAGCUCGACGUUCCCCGUCAACCCUCCAAGUCCCAACUCGCUGUUUUGAUCCCCAUGGUCAACCUGUGGACUAUGUUCCUAUGGUUUACCCGGCUUCAUUUCCUGAUGAUUAUCGCCUGCACAACCAACUUCGUUUCUUGUCCUUGGAAGACCAGAUUGAGUCGGUGAACAGCGCAGAAUUUUCAACUAACAAUUACUACUCAUCAGAACCUGCAUUAGGUCCUAGAGCUAAUAGGAGGUCACCAAGUUUGCCUGAAUUCCCUUUCAAAGUUUGCCAUUACUUCAUUAAAGGAUUUUGUAGGCAUGGAAACAACUGCAGGUACUUGCAUCCUACUGCUGAAAGCUUCUCCCAGAUCUUUAGCCCUGGUUUGAGUGAGGACGAUCAUGUCUUUUCACCUGGAUCUCUCGAAAAACUAGAGUUAGAGCUCACCGAGCUCUUGAAAUCAAGAAGAGGGUUCCCUGUCUCCAUAGCUUCUUUACCAAUGCUAUAUUAUGAGAAGUUUGGUAAGACACUGCAGGCUGAGGGAUAUCUCACUGAGAGCCAGAGACAUGGCAAAGCUGGUUAUAGCUUAACCAAGCUUCUUGCACGGCUUAAGAGCAUUUGUCUCAUUGAUAGGCCUCAUGGGCAACACGCAGUCGUUUUGGCUGAUGACUUGGCAAAAUGCACGGAUCAUAACGGAGAUAGAAAUGAACAUGGUGGUAUUGUGGCAGGUUCUAGACAGAUAUAUUUGACAUUUCCAGCUGAGAGUACCUUCUCGGAGCGUGAUGUUUUCAACUAUUUCAACAAAUUCGGGCCUGUCCAUGAUGUGAGAAUUCCUUGUCAGCAAAAGAGAAUGUUCGGAUUUGUGACUUUUGUCUUCGAGGAUACAGUUAGGCAUAUUUUAAACAAGGGAAACCCUCAUUUCGUAAGCGGUGCACGUGUUUUGAUCAAACCUUACCGGGAAAAAUCUAAGGCGGAUGAUAGGAAACAUGGAGAGAUGUUUCAGAAUCCUAUGUGCCAAGGUGCUCACUGUCUUGAUACCGAACUUGGGCUGCAUUCAAUGCCCAGAAUUUGUGAUAAUUCAAGAUUACUCGAUAAGCAGCUGAUUCAUGAACAACAAGAACAAGCACUUGAAUUCGAGAGAAGGCGUUUCUCAGAAAUGCAAUUAGCAGCUGAUCCUAAUAAUCAAUUGGCAUGUUUUGCAACCUCACUCGAAGAGUUGAAGCUUUCAGAAGGCAAUUCUCAUGCACAACAGAUGGAUUUUCCCACAGCAGAGCAGUUUAAUUAUCUUCUGGAUGUUCUGAACAGUAGGGAGGAAACAAUUAGACAGAUCAAUACCAAAUACAAUGAGCAGGAGAGUAGUCAGGGACUGAAUCUUCCAGACAGCCCGUUUGCAUCUGCAUUAGGGGGCGAAAUAUCGACAGUUAUAUAGUAUGUUUCUGGAUAGACAACAGGAGCAGGUUUUAUUAGAGUUAGAGAUGAGAAGAAGGCCAUUUUCAGAGGGUUGGAUAUACAAAGUUCAUAUAUAUAUAUAGAGAGAGAGAGAAUGUUGAAGAAAAAGGGUAGAGUAACAGUAAAGUUUAUGUUUUUAAGUUUUUAGUUUGGUGAUCCAUUUGUUGGAAAGAAGAGAGAAUGUAAGUAUAGCUGAGUGAGUCUGAAGAAGAGAGGUGGCUUAAUUAAAAUAGAAAGCAAGUGGUAGAGGUUUAAAGAUUAAAAGUGCAGAAAAGAAUGAUAUGCAUCUUUGAUG